CUGGAAAUAGCAAUCUACUCCAUUGGAUUCCGUUAAUCGUGUGAAUCGGAGAGUGGCAAACCGUCUUGUAUAUUUUAAUUAUAACAUGAAGCUGUGGAUAGCCGGACUUCAUGUAUACAUAUGUAUAUGCUCGGAUUCUAUAUUCGCUUGUUUUCCUAAUACAACCGUCCUAACACAAUCCACCAUCAUGUCCACCAUUGUCUGUAACGUGAUCGAUCUGAACUUCAUGGGGCUCAAAGGAAUGCAUGUUACCCUCGAAUGUCUCGAAAAUACCUCUGAGAUCAUUACCGAAUUCGAGGCACAAACAGAUGAAGAUGGCAGAAUCACGCAAUGGUAUCCUAAGGGGGAUGACGUGCCGAAGAUUGUGGAUACUCGCGACUUUAAUAUCAUAAACAUGAUAUUUUUCACAGCCGAAUACUUCGAGCACAGAAAGACGCCCUUGGCAACUGCGACCGGGCAUAUGGAUACAAUCAAUCACAUCCACUCUGUUACAGUCCAAUUUGGGGCGGGUGACACAGCAUACAGCUUGAGUCAAGUAAAAAUCCCGAUUGCCUGUCCUCCAGGCCCAGCUACAUCGAGAACUUCAUCACCAUCUUCAUCAGAAAGUCAGAUCAUUGCGCUCCGAGCCACGUUGGGCCGAGCCUGA